AGGUUUAAUUUUCAAAACACCCGGCAGGGACUUCGAAUGUAGAAGUCUGAGCGACUUGGCGGUGACUUGCCACUGCGCUACUCUGCUCCCAGGCUACUCAGCACCGGGAAAUAUCGGCCGGCUAAUGUCUUCCAUCUGGCUUACUAGACGCCUAGUCGACCCCGCGCAGUCGCGGACUCGCUCUACGCCGAGGAGAGUUCAGGCGAGUCAACCUAGCAUGGCGCAAUCCUCCACCGCCGGAAUACCUAGGAUACGCAGUGAUGAUGCACAACUUCCGCUACUCUUCUUUGGGUUUAUCUCAGACCUCCCUCCUGCAUCACAAGUGAAAAGCUAGACACCAACUAGAGACAUGAGGCAAAUGUUUGGUGGACCUGGGAAGAUUAGCGGGCUAGUACUUCGGAUAUUUCGGUGCAUUUUCGCUGCAGUUUCUGUUUCCAUUAGUUUUUCUGCUCCUGGACUAACAGAAGUUACACCUUUCAGAGUCCUACUGAUUCAACAGUGUGUUGAAACUACGUGGAGCUUUGUGCUUGUAUGCUGUGAUCUUAAGGUUGUGGUGUUUCAGGGGAACCUACCCUCUCAUUUCCAUGUGAUGGUGACUCUUGUUAUUGAUUGGGUUGUUUUAACCUUGUCGCUAGGAGCUAUAUCCUCAGCCGUGGCAGUGAUUCACUUGAUUGCUACAAACUCCAUUUGCUACAAGGAGCACGAGUACAUUUGCCGACGCUACAUGCUGUCAGUUGGCAUGGAUUUUAUUGCUAUGGUUUUCCAUGCAAUUUCGGCUCUUGUCUUGUCAUGGAUUGUAGCUUCCUCGAUAUUGCCCAGAGCAGUGUAAAUGAUUGAUGAUUGCUGCAUUAAUUAGGUGCCCACCUGCUCCAUAUAGCAGUGUGCUUAUUAUUAGUUUUAUUAUUUAGUCCACACCUUACUGUUGCUGCAGUUGUAAUUUUAACUACGUAGUACAGUAGAGAUUCAAGUAUUACAGUACGUUAAUUAGUUGGAAAAAAUGGAGUACGCCAAUGUGUCUAGUUUGUGUGAAUUUUUAUAGAGAUGAUAUAUUAGCCCACCAUUACAAAAUAA